AUUAGAUGAAUCCAAUUUGAAACUUACUGCCUACAUAAAACUAAUCAAAAUCAUGAUGAUAAUCAGUAAUAGCAAAAAUCUAUUUAACCAAUGAAAUAAUUCUCUUUCAUAAUAAUAAUUGACAUUAGACAUAUAUGUAUACACGUCAAUGAUCCGUAGACAUUCUACAUAAAGAAUACGAUCGAACGCGUCGACAUUCAACGAAGACAGAUCCAUCUAUCGAUCUAUCUAUCUAUAUAAAGGAUCUAUAAAAAUGUCAUCAGAUCAAUUAAAACAAUCAUUUUUAUCAUUUUGUAAUUUUGUUAAAAAAGGUUCUAUUACAGCAACUGAUAAAACCAUUAAAAAAUUAUGUACAGAUUGUCAAAUUUAUUCAAAAAAUUUAGAUACAAGUCGUAUUGAUAUUGAAUUUCGUGCACAUAUUGGAAGUACUAAAAGAGACGUUGAUUUCCCAGGAUUUGUAAGUUUUCUGGAAGGUCGAUUAGCAAAAGUUUAUGCCGCUGCCAACGGUAUGGAACAUGAAGAUGCAGUAAUUGAGCUUAAACGUAAAAUAGCUGAAACAUCACCAGCGAUUCAUGGUGGUACUAAAAUUAGCUCUGAUCCAACAACAUCUAGAUUGACCAAUGUAAAAACAUUUACUGGUUCACAUAAAGAACGUUUUGAUAUAGAAACUGGUAAAGGUUUAGGUAAAGCUGGUCGUGUUGAUCCAUCACCAUGUUUUACUACUAGUGGAAUAUCAGAGCCAAGAAAAUAAAUUCAAUUGUUUGUUUGUUUGUUUUUCCUUUGAAAUAUCUGAUGAUUCUCAAUUGCAUAUGUAUAUAUACAUAUAUGGAGAGAGAUAGAGAGAGAGUGAAGUUCUAUUAUAUUCACUAUUUACUCGUCUACCCCCCUCUGUUCCUCUCUCUUCCUUCCCUCCUCUCUCUCCCUCUCCUUCCCUCCUCUCUCUCUGUCGCUCACGUACACACACGCACACAUAUAUUUACGUGUUCAUUUUGUUUCUAUAUGAGUUUUUAUUUUGUUUUAUUCUCAAUAUUCAUACUUUAUAAAAAUGUAAUUGCAUCAUAUGACUUAUAUAUAAGUGAAAUAACUGUGUAUCCAUUUAUAAAUUGAAGAAUUUCUUUCUUUCUUUUCUCUUUUUUCUCUUUUUUUUCUUUUUUACUUUAUAUUAUUCUAUUAAAUGAAUCGAAUUUUAAGUAAGU